GCUCUCACUGUUUGGUUCGAUCAGCUUUAGUAAAAACAAAGUAAUUAUAAUUAAAAUGUCUCACAUUAAAAACUUAAUACCAAAAACCAUUAAUCCCGACUUGCAAAAAGAACGUAAUGCAGCUGAGUUUAGUGUUCAGGAAUUUGCUGCCUGGUGGCAAGGUGGUCAAGAGAAAUUGGAUACCAAACGGACAGUUGAAAAUGCUAUCUUUAGCGAUCUGGAGGAUGGUUAUGGCUUAAAUCAUGAGUAUAUGUCCCAUGAGGAUGUCUAUAAUUCGGCCGUGAAGAAAGCUGCUGAAGCUGCUUUAAAAUUGAAGGCUUUGCAAAAGAAACUUAAUCCCGGUGGCAACAAUAUUUGGCCACAAAGCCUCUUUAAUGUCCAUAGCCAUGGUCUUUUUCCGGCUAAUCAUCCUUUGGCCACUCACAUAACCAUGUUUGUUGAUGUGAUCAAAGGUCAAGGCACAGCCGAACAGGUAGAGAAAUGGGGUAAAGCUGCGGAGAACUGCAAUAUCAUUGGAACCUAUGCUCAAACGGAAUUGGCUCAUGGCACCAAUGUGAGGGGCAUACAGACAAGAGCAGAUUUCGAUCCCCAAACGGAUGAGUUUGUUUUGAAUACACCCAAUUUGGAGGCCUAUAAAUGGUGGCCAGGAGGCUUGGGUCAUACGGCAAAUCAUGCCAUGGUGGUGGCUCAAUUGUAUAUCGACGAUGUCCAUCGUGGCAUCCAAAUGUUCAUUGUCCCAGUGCGUCAUGCGGACACACAUUUGCCUCUGCCUGGCGUGGAUAUUGGUGAAAUUGGUAAGAAACUGGGCAUGGCUGCAGUGAAUCAGGGUUUCUUGGGUCUCAAUAAUGUGCGCAUACCGCGUACCAAUAUGUUGAUGAAAUAUGCCAAAGUGGAGCGUGAUGGCAGCUUCAAAGCAAGUCCCGCCUCAAGGGUUAACUAUUUGACCAUGGUCUAUACCCGCUGCCUGAUUGUCAAUCUUAAUUCUACACUCCUCUUGGAGGCAGCCACCAUAGCAACACGUUAUUCGGCUGUGCGACGUCAAAGUCCCAUUGAGGCAGAUCAACCAGAACCACAGAUCAUAGAUCAUGUUACGCAACGUCUCAAGUUAUUCCCAGAGAUAGCCACCGGCAUGGCAUAUCAUCUGGCUGCCGAGUACAUGUGGGAACUGUACGAUCAAACGGUUCUCGAUGCCAAUAAUGGCAAAUUCGAUCGUCUGCCCGAUAUGCACAUCCUGUCGUGCGCCCUGAAGGUCCUUUGCACCACCGAUAGUUGUGCGGGCAUUGAACGUUUGCGUCUAUCGACGGGUGGUCAUGGCUAUCUAACGGCAGCCAAUUUGAGCAACAUCUAUGGCAAUGCUGUGGCUGCCUACACCUAUGAGGGUGAGAAUACUGUACUCUUAUUGCAAAUCGGUCGUGCCUUGGUCAAGGCCUGGUCCAAUUUCAUAGCGGACAAACCAGUUUCCUCUUCCUAUGCCUAUUUCGAGUCUUCGAAACAAAAAAAAUUCCCCAAAUGGGACAAUUCGUGGGAGACCAUCAUUAAGGCAUUGCAAUUUACGGCCACACAUAAGACACGCAUAGCCUUUGAGAAUCUUGCCGAGCGUAUUGCCAGCGGUCAAUCUCAGGCUGUGGCUGCCAACAAUACGGGCAUUGAGUUCACUCGAGCUGCCGAUUUGCACGGCCGUCAAUUUGUUUGUCAAAUAUUUGUUGAACAAAUCACAGGACCCAAGGCUCAAAAACGUUCUGCUUCGCUUAACAAAGUUUUGGAAAAUAUCUUGGAACUAUUCUUGGUUCAAACUGUACUUAAUAAUCUAAGCGAUAUUUUGAGGUUCAUUAACCUAACUGAUGCCGAUUUGAGAUCUCUGCAGAAACGUUUGGAGCUCUCGCUGGAGAAACUUCGUCCCAAUGCUGUGGCGAUUUGUGAUGGUUUCGAUUUCCAUGAUCGUGUGCUGAAUUCAGUGCUGGGCAGCUAUGAUGGCAAUGUCUAUGCCAGACUUUUUGAUUCCGCCAAACGUAGCACAAUGAAUCAGAAGCCAGUGCAAAAGUCCUUUGAGUCCUAUUUGAAGCCAUUGAUGAAGGCAAACUUGUAAACUAAAACUAAACCAUUGAUUAAUUGACUCUUGUUGCUUGUUGUUUAAAUUAGUUUUAUAUCAUUUUUAUUUAGCAAAUCAAAACCAAAAUAAAAGAAAGAAUAAAAGAAACAAAGUAUUGAAUUGAA